GGUCCUCCUUCUCUCUCUCUCUCUCUCUCUCUGGGGGAAACGCGGCAACGCAUCUGCAUUGCUUCCUUUCCAUCUUCGUCCUCCUCCGGAACGCCUGUCCCGAUCCCUAUUCCAUCGCUACGCCUCGUCCGGAUCGAGGGAGGAGAAGGCUCGCGUCUUCCCCCCCGCCAUGGCAUCCAACUCCAUAGACGAUUACUGGAACGACGACGGCGGAUCCGACGGCGAGCUACGCUGUGCGAUCGAGAGUUUCUGCAACAUCGCUCCCAUCGCCGGGGAAUCUUUUGACAGAGCUAGCAUCGAGGAGGCGUAUUCUGAUAUUUACGGUUUGGAGCGGUCCAGCUCGCGGAAAAGAACUAGGGAUGAAUCAUGUGCAGAACCUAAGUCAAAAGCCUGUCGCGAAAAAAUGCGGCGUGAUAAGUUAAACGAUAGGUUCGCAGAGCUGUCUUCUUUCCUAGACCCUGUUAGACCUCCCAAGUCAGACAAAGCAACUGUUCUAAGUGAUGCCGUUCGUGUAUUGACGCAGUUAAAAGCUGAAUCAGAGGAACUUAAGGAAUCCAAUGAAAAGCUACUAGAAACGAUUAAGGACUUAAAGACAGAAAAAAAUGAGCUUCGAGAUGAGAAGAUAAAACUGAAGGCCGAUAAGGAGAAUUUAGAACAGCAAAUCAAGGCAAUGAGCAUGCUUCCAGCCGGCUUCAUGCCUCAUCCACUUGCAUAUCAUCCUGCUGCUGCAUUUGCUCCCCAUGUCCAGGCCCCAUCGAACAAGGGAGCUCACUUCACUGCAUACCCUGGCAUGGCUAUGUGGCAGUGGCUUCCACGGGCCGUCAUGGACACCACACAAGACACCAAGCUUUGGCCUCCUCACGCUUGAGGAAGUCUCCCAAAGAUGCAUCUCAUUGCUAAGGCUAAUACAUUUAUUCUUUUCUCAGAUGCUGAAAUAUAGCAAAACUUUGACAUCUACAAUCGAAGCAGAGGGUAAGCUGACAUUUUAAUCUACUGCACGAGUUGCAAGUUUAAUAUUUUGUCGUGUACCUCCAGCAUAAGCAUAAGCUAAAUUUGGAGAGUGUUUGUAACCCUUAAUUUUGGUCGAACUAUGCCCUAGUGCUUCAUCUUAGCAGCUCCUCCUCUAGAGGUACUAAUUAAUCUUGAAUGAUAGUGGAUUUGGUAGUGCA